CUAACACUGAUCAAUGCUUGAAGAAUUGAAAAUUUUCGCAAACUAGUGGCUGUACCAAUAAGUAACAAACCAAACUGACUCAACGGUAAUGAUUUUUAGACGCUUCAACUAUGGAUUUGAUGCACUGGUAACGCGCCUCCCAUGGUAUUCAUUUUAUCGGAUAAAUAAAACUUGUAACCGUACAGGCGAACUGAAAUACAAUGCUGAUAAGUAAUUUCGGACACAUGACUUGCAAAUCUACUACAACUGAACGCCAAAAAGACCGCAAUGAACUCAACCAGUCUGCUGCUCAGACAUCACCAAAUAUGUUCCUACAACCUUACUAUGGGUUACAACGCGAUAAUUAUGUAACUCUUGAUGAGGAUACGAGUGAAUCAGAGGAAAAGGUUAGGUCAAUGCAUCGAUGCGCGUUGGAUAUCAACAAAGCGCUAGAAAGGCACAAUCCGAAACGCACAUUUGAUGCCCUGACGCCUCUGGUCAAUCUGUCUUUUUGUCGUUUUUCUUACCGUCAUCACUAUCAGUCGGAUGAACACUUACAAUCGAUUAGGUUGUUCUUUCAUGAGGAACUCCACACAGCCAUGAAGGAGAAGGGAUCUUACUUGACUUAUGAGGAGAUAGUUGCGGCGCUUGAUGUGUUGUCUUACGUACUCCGUGUAAAUGAGAUUCUGGAAAUGGAAGCUCCUGAAAAUAUUUUGAGAUUACUAAUCAGCCCAGAGGCAUAUUGGGAGGGUGUGUACAACAACCGUACUAUGUCUGAAACCUAUUCCAUCGCCUUGAAGGAACUGCGUGAAUCGAAACGUUCUGCCGGAAGACUACCCAUUCUUACGCACGCCGAAAUUCAAAAAGUUAUAUUUACGUGUAAUCGCGCUCAUCAGUUCAGUGAGAGGCAACUGAAGGAUCCGUUCCAGAAAGCGAUAUAUCAUCCGAUUCCUCCCACGAUCCGAAUUACCGAGGAAUCCAUGGCUACAGCCGCUCAUACAGUCGCAUCCAAGGAGUUGCAUUUGACGGAUUUUGGCCGUGGUCGCGGAACAACAAACGUCGAUCGACUAUUGAUAAAUAUUAACGAAAAUUCCCCACUGAUUACCUAUGAACUACUCUCUGCCAUCGUCCGCGAGUACAAAUUGGACGUUUCCCUUUACCAAUCAGAGAUGGCAGGUGUAUACCAUUCGUUUCUUUUAUUUGCUUGGCGCCGUUGGCUGGCCUGCUACACUUACAUGCAUGGGGCUGCAUCACCCACUCGGCAAUUCCCCUUAGAGACUAUUACCAAAGCGGUGCACCGGGCGAACCGCUUGUUUGAGAGAAUGCUGCAGCAGGGUAAAGCGAUAGCUCGCUUGAAUGCGGCACUGGAAGUAGGCGACUUCAAGCAGAUUGCAGAUGCUUUGUGGAAACCGCAACUAAAGUUGUCUAGCAUCCUGGGGAUCACGAAAGUAUCGACACAUGUUAAUAGAUUGGACGCCGCCGUUCCAUUGGAAGUAUUGCAAACCGCUUAUUGUGAAGCGUUGAGGAGAGUACGAAAAGAGCGAUUGGUUCGAUCGACAGGAUAUCUUCGUGGGUUGAGCUCAGUUGCAACCUCAGUCGGUAAUAUAAGUCCGGUGGCUGCGUAUGUGGAGAGCAUUUGCCCCCAUGAAAUCGGGUCUGGUUGGAUUUGGAAUCAUGUUCCAGCAUUCGAUCAUGCGGCUUUGAGAGUGCAAAGCGAAGAGGAGGAAAUUCUUCUUAGCCGCUUCGAAGUUCCAUACUUUUACAAUGUUCACUCUAAUCAGCUUGUUGUUUGGCCUCUUACCUCAAGCCAUCCAAAUAUGGAAACAGUGUGGACCAAUGACUUAACUCAACUUCGGUGGCCAGUAGGAGUAUGCGAUCCACCAACAUUAGACAGUGGCCUACUGAAUCGGGAAGAUUGUGUAGCGAUUAUUACGCAGCUGAAUGCGGAGUACAGCAGAAAGCACCAAGUAUUUACUGAAAUGACAUCCAGCGUUCCUCAACAAGACGACUUAAAGGCAGUGAAAGGCUGGGCACUGCACCGGUCUAACAAGUGGGAUUAUCCACGAGAGUGCGAGAAGAAAAGGAGGUUGGAUGAAGUGCCUGAUGUUCCACACGCCUUAAGAGCAACGGCAUUCAAUAAAACGUCCAGCCAUCUUUUAAAUUUAUGUGCUGUUCGCAUACAGUCUAACUGGCGCAGAUAUCUCGUUCAACAAGCUUACCGAAGGCGAUUGGCAUAUCUACAUAGCCCUCACAGCGUUAACGCCGUCCGCUGCUUGCAAAGAAAUUGGCGAAGAACCCUGGCCAUGAGGAAGCUUCGGACUUCUUUAUCACAACACAGGCGUUCCGCUGCUCUGAUAGUCAAAGUGCAGGCGCAUUGGCGUGGCCACCAAGUACGGCAGUGGUUUCGUGCGUUUAGACUCGUGAUGCAAAGCUGUGUUGACGUCGGAACCAACGAGUAUGGAUACCAUCUGCAGAAACCAAAUACCUCUAUCCAACAAAUCAUGGGAAACGCAGCACUGAUGGAUUUUGCGUCUGACUGUAUCCCUUUCCUUUCUGGUCAUGCAGCAAAGAAAGCCUUUGAGAUGGAGAUGAAUUGUUUCCUCCUUGGAAAAAGCAUUCUCACUGCGAUAGACAAACUGGUCGUCAUUAAUCAAGAAUUAUCUAGCUCCAGUAGUCUUAUAAAACUCCUUGUCCAGAUUCGACUCAGUAGGCAAAGGAAAUCGGUUCUAAAGGAGCGUCCAAUUUUGCCUCGACUUGUCGGUGUGGAUGCCCGAACGCAGGUCAAGAAAUCUGAAACACAUAACAUUAACGGCGGGCGUAUGUUGAUCUAUGGACCACUGUGUCAUCUUCUGUACAGUCAGCCGGAUUAUGUAAUCGCCUUGCUGCACGACCUACCGACAGAGUUAUUAUGGCUCGAAGACAAGAAGUCACCUCUUCCGGGCUAUGGCUCCUUCAAAGUGAGCAGUUACGGAUUGGCCUUUGAGCGACUGAUAUUCACUUUGUACCGUUAUGGAGCAUCUUCCACAGAUUACGUCCGAAUAAUGCACAUCUUCUCCCGUGGUAUCCACCAAGCCGUUGGUGAUGCACUCACUGCGCGUAGCAUCACUAAUUGGUACAACGGAAUUCGACCGUGGCCAUUUGUUCUCCGCAUGGUCGUCUCUUUUGCGCGAAUGAACUUACAUCGCUCAGGUUUACAAAAGAAGCGGAAGCAGUCCGAUGACUUAGAACUAACCUUGAACAAAGAUAAAUUACAACAGCUUGUUACAACGUUGGUGAAUUCUAUACAGAGCGCUUCCCCUGAAGACGAAAUUUUCCGUGGGCCAGGCUCAUCGUUGCGUUCCUGCUCCUCCAUGCACACGGAACCACCAUUACUUACCACACAGUGUUUAAGUCAAAACAAUGCGUGCCAAGCUGAAGACGCAGAAUUGCAUGCGACUACCAGUGAAGAACUGUCAUCUAUUGACAGUGCUAUACUUGGUUUGGACCGACCACAGUCUUUUCUGGCGGUGGACUCAUUUUUCCGAGGAAUUUUUAUCGACCCUGGACCCAGUUUGCUUCCUGACUGUCUGAAAUACGCCAUCCAUGAGUUAUACCGUGCACUGCGUCAUGCAUUCCCACUGGAUCCGGAGAAGACGCACUUGAAGUUUAUUGGACACGCAUUGCUUCAUCGGUAUUUGCACGUGGCCAUCGUCGCCCCGGAGAUAUUUCACUCUUCACGCUCGUUAAAAAGGAGGCGAGCAGCCAGCCGGCAGGGAUAUCAUUCAUUCAAUUCCCAUCAAACUUCGCAAUCUGGUUCAAUUGACCGUGACCCAAUCACAACAAAGCAACGCCGUUCACUAGCUGCCAUCUCCCGUCUGUUGUACUUCGUGAUCGGCAACAAAGGAUACGGACAAAUCGAUGACCCUAGUUCCCCUCGCUCGCGUUUGACCCUGCUGAUUAAUGCAUUGAUCCAUCAGUGGCAUGGACGGUUUUGUGAGUAUAUUCUCCAAAUUGUGGACUUAAAUUCCACACUGAUUUUGACAAGAAUUGAUGGUAACCUCCUAUCCACUUGGAUCUGCAGCACCACUGCGAAACAUGGCACCGAUAUUUCCCUCAGAAAACCAUCGAAAUUAGACAGGAGAGCUGGAGUGGAUCAGCGCAUGUUAAAAUCAAGUAGGCUUCAUUCCCUCCUCAUAACUGCCGGGGAACUUUUUGAGCUGCAUCGACUUCUUCUCACUCACCUGUCUUCCAUCGCACCACAUCGAUCGGAUCGCCUGCGCCGCGUUCUAAGUCGGCUGGGUCCUUUACCUGUUCGAACGUGGACCGAGCACAGGAGAUCCUCACAAAGUGACCCAAUAUCCUCCACUUCCGAAGAUGACGGCAACUUUGGCCUUAGAGCUUCUCGAACUCCAGCCUCGACAACUGACUUGAAGGGGCAAUUCACCUCACCGAGCUGUGUGGAAAGUUCAUCCUCAUCUGUUCAACUCGAGCACCACAAUUCCCAACUAUUUGCCGAUCCUGAUCCCGCAGCACUUUCCACGGAGCCAUUCAUUCCCGUUUCUGAGCAGUAUUAUUUGCUGACGGAGUCAAACGAUCGUCAAUACUUCGACCAUGAGCAUCAUCUUAUUCCCAGCUGGCACCAGGUGACCAUACCACUGAGCCCAGAUACUCCGGAGGAUGCAGCGCGUGGGUACUUGUACGCUGCCCUCGCGGCCCCGCUGACCUCCGUGGACUGUGCAAUAUUGCCUUCGCGGCCUUGUCACUCCUGUUGGACGACGGACAAGAAGAGAACCCAGUGCCAGCUGUGUCCCCUCGAGUGGACUAAUCGGUCGCAUUACCUUAUUGAAAGCUUGGUGGGCAAUGAUGAGGAAUCGUUGGAUGAGUCGAAAAAUGAGCACCGUUAUACGCAACGGGGUACAGCCAACUCACAAACGGACUCACUCGAGGGGGAUCCAGCAACACGAAGGAACUGUAGCAAAUUUCACUGGUUGGAGGCAAGAAAGUUGCUUCUACUACUGCUAAGUCAAGUGACGAAUGCUGGUAUGUUCUAAAGUCUCAAAAUCCUUUGCCCCAUUUUGUCUAGAGGAGAAAUUAUCUGUGUUUGUGAAUAUGUGAUACUGUUGGUAAAAGAUUCUGCCUUAUUUCAUCUCGCCAUUACAAUAGGUAUCCUGCGGUGUCCUUACAUUCGGUCGUCAAUGUUAUCAAUGGAAUAUUGUGUUACGUUGUCUGCCCUAGGCUCCAUCUUCUAGUUGAGUAUUUUUGAUCUUUUGUUUAACAGAACUAUUGCCAAAACCAUUCAUAGUACGUUCCAACAAUUUUGCUAAAUUUAUGGGAAACUCCUCGUUAUCUUGGAUAUAGCCACAAAGACAGGAACAACAUUAGACAAAUUAACAAAAGGUUUAGUAGGUUCUCGACCAACCACGACACGCAAAUAGACUCUGUUUGCUCACA